UUUUUGUACUUUGAAGUAUAUAGAUUUUAAACCAAAAGUUGUAGAAAUUGCGAUUUUUACCCCUUUAUCCUGACUUUUGCACAUCUUUUAUAAGGCGAUAAUCAUUAUUUUACUCUUUUAUUUAAUGCCGGAUGACCUGUUAUUGGUUCUUGAAAUCGUAUCAACGUACGCUACUACAUUAAAAAUAAAGGAGUAUAGCAUGCCAUUUGAAAAAAUAGAAGUGACUGAAAUCUCCGAGGCGUCUCCAUAUUUUAAAAAAAUAUUACCAAUCAUGAUGUAAUAUAACUUUGAAUUAUUUCACAACUCUCAUUGCCUUGAAGAACUAAGAACAAUCAUGAUCAAUUAUUUUGAAAUCUUAAGCUUGAUAAUUGCUGCAUCCUUGGCAAUGUAUUACUACUUUACUUGUACGUUCAAUUUUUGGCAAAAUCGUCAAGUACCUGGACCAAAACCAAUUCUAUUUUUUGGGAACGUGAAAGACAUUAUGCUGAGAAGACGCACCUUAGGAAAUUAUGUGACAGAAUUAUAUUUUAAUUACAAAGAUAUUCCUAUGUUUGGCUUAUUCAUUAGAAAGUCGCCACAUCUGGUUGUGCGUGAUAUGGAUUUAAUUAAAGAUGUACUAAUUAAAGAUUUCUCUGUCUUUGACAAUCGUGGAAUCUUCAUUCCUCAACGAGCCGAUCCAUUAGCAGCAAAUAUUUUCAACUUGGAAUCAUCGAAAUGGCGACCACUAAGAGCGAGAAUUUCCCCAGUGUUCACAUCUGGAAAAUUGAAAGAAAUGUUCCCAUUAAUAUUGGAAUGUGCCGAGCAACUGGAAGAAUAUUUAGAGAGAAUUGUGGGGAAAGGAGAACCAAUCGAAUGCUGUGAAAUCGCAGCCAGAUUUACUACAGAUGUGAUCGGUUCUUGUGCCUUUGGAAUAAAUAUGAAAGCGUUAUCAGACGAAAAAAGUGUAUUUAGAAGAAUAGGAAGGCAAAUUUUUGAACACGACUCGAAAACCAUUCUUAGAUUUAUGUUUAGAGAGAUUGCACCUGAACUGUACAAUUUGUUCGGUUACGUGCUACCAUAUACGGAGGCAACCAAAUUUGUUACCAAAGUUAUAUCGGAUACUAUGAAGUAUAGGAAGAAAAAUGGGAUUGUUAGACCAGACUUCAUAAACAUGUUGAUGGAAUUGAAGAAGCAUCCGGAUACGUUGAAAAAUAUUGAGUUAACGGAUACUUUAUUGGCUGCCCAAGCUUUCCUUUUCUUCGCAGCUGGAUUUGAAACCUCGUCAAUAACAAUAGGACAUGCGCUUUAUGAAAUGGCUCUGAAUCUUGAUAUUCAAGAGAAACUUAGGAUUGAAUUGAAGCAAUUUUCUAAAAGAAACAAUAAAAAUUUUCAGUACGAGGAUAUUAAAGAGAUGAAAUACUUAAAUAAAGUAUUCAAAGAGACUCUUAGGAAAUAUCCUGUGGGGACAACGUUAAUAAGGAAAUCAACUAGUGAUUAUACUUUUAAUGGCACCAAAGUAACGAUCCCAAAGGGUACUCGAAUACUUAUUCCUACAUAUGCUAUACAACACGAUCCUGAUAUCUAUCCAAAUCCGGAGAAAUUCGAUCCUGAGCGAUUCAACGAAGAGGAGAUUGCCUCUAGACACUCCAUGAGUUAUUUACCAUUCGGUGACGGACCGAGGAAUUGCAUUGCGGCGCGAUUUGCCAUCUAUCAAACGAAAGUGGGAAUAAUAAAAAUGUUGGAAAAUUUCCGAUUAGAAGUUUGCGAAAAGACUAUGAUUCCCUACAUAAACAAUCCUACGUCUCUAAUCUUGAGCCCCAAAGACGGACUUUAUUUAAAAAUAAGUAAAGUGGAGAGCUGA